AUGUAUAUAAAUUUAUUUACUUUUUAAUUAAAGGGCUUGGAACUUUUUGAUGUAAUUAGAGAUAUAGAAUUACUGAAUGCUUAUGAUUCAUAAUUUUAUAUUUCCUCCCUAUUACUCUAUAUGGAAUAUCUGUAUACUCUCCACAUUGUUUACAGAGACAUUGAACUAGAAAAUGUGAUGGUAGAUUAUAAGGGAUAUAUUCAUUUGAUUGAUAUUGGGACAGCCAAAAUUUUAAAAGGGAAGGGUUACUAUUAUAGCUAAUCCUCAUUACAUGGGUCCAGAAAUUUUAGAUGGAAAAGGUAGUUUAAUUAUAAUGUAUUAGGGUUAUUCAUAUUUAGUGGAUUUGUGGAGUAUCGGAAUCUGCCUGUAUGAA